AUGAAGCUGCGCACUGGAACCGGCAAUAUACUUCAACCCUGGAUUAAUCCUAAUGAUCCGUUGGCCGGAAAAAUUGUUUUGGGAGUUACAAAUAAAAUACACGGCUUUUGGAUUUAUCUACAGGGAAGACAUUCGAGCGAGAAGUACCUUGUUGAUUUAUGGAAUGGAUACGCGUUCGGAGAUAUGCCUCCGAUUUUUCAAGUAGAAGGUGAACCGAGUUCGCAACAGCAAUCACUAGUAAUGACAAACAACCAUGGGAACUUCUCGAGGUUUAGGUUAGGGGUAGAAGGAAUCUAUGAAGUAUACACGUGGUCCUCUAAACAUCGAGAAUGGAAGUUAUUAUGGUCAGUUAAUGAUUCAUGUUUCUUAACUAGCCCAUGUGGAUCGUACAGCUUCUGCUCCAAAAACACAACGCCCCGAUGUAACUGUAUCGAAGGAUUUAGUCGGAAGUUGGAGACUACGUGGACCGGAUGUACGAGAGUGACUAAUAUGAGUUGCAGUCGAGAUCGGUUUACUAAACUACAUAACAUAAGAUUGCCGAAUGGAAGAAAUAAUAUUCAGAGUUGGACUAGUGAUCUACAAGAGCAGCAAGACUGUGAGGAGAAAUGCCUUGCAGAUUGCCAUUGCACCGCAUAUGCGUUUGUGGAAAGCCGAAAAGGCCAGCGAAACUGUGUGAUAUGGUAUGGAGAGCUCGAAGAUAUGCGAAACUAUACCUUGGGCGGUCACGACCUGCAUGUAAUUAGAAUUGCUCCUACGGAUCACGGAGUCGGUUAG